UUGAACAAGCCCAAGAGUGAGAUGACGCCGGAGGAGCUGCAGAAGCGGGAAGAGGAGGAGUUCAACACGGGGCCGCUCUCCGUCCUCACGCAGUCUGUUAAGAAUAACACACAGGUCCUCAUCAACUGCCGCAACAACAAGAAGCUCCUGGGACGUGUCAAGGCCUUUGACAG